CCAGUACCCAAUCAGAUCGCAGCACACGGAAGCUUUGUGGCAAAGUACAGUAGUUAGCUGUCGCUUAGAUCAACAAGCCACUAUUUUGGAAGCAGUUUGAUAAACACGAGCUUAUUCCUCAGUUGAUGUCAGUCGCUUUCCGCGUUUCCAACGAGACAUAUCAUCGAUAAACCAGCACAAACUAGCCUGACACGAAGCCCUGAAGCGAGCAGUUUGGAAGACACCGGCGGUUUGAACUUUAAAAACAGCUAGCUCGAUUUUCUGUCACAUCUCUGAUCACCACCGAGCUGCCAUCGUCUUUGUUUUUCUGACUGCUAAACCCUGACAUCAAGCUGCAACUUUUUGACUACUUGUCACUUCAGACAACCCACAUUUUGAAUUUUUUUGCCAAUCACAAAAACACUCGGCUUAUUUUUUUUUUACACGCCAAGCUCUCUGCUGUGUUGUUUUUGUCAACAAGCUGUGUUUUUGUGUUUAUUAAAGCUAAAUUAUUAAGCUCGCCUGAUGUUGUAUAAGUGGUUGCCUUAACCAGCCUGCUUACCAACCUGUACCUGAAGCUUUUUAACAAUCAUCAAGGAGGAGAUCACUUAAAAACUGUCUGCAGCUGCAACUAUUAAAGAGCCAGUUUGACACCCUGCAGGAGACACUAAUAGCUCUUUAAAUCUUAGCUGACAGCAGUGUGUGAAACCAGGACCCGAAGCAGGCUGUGUACAUCCACGGAAUCCCUCAUCGGAUUAUUAUAAUAUCAGUGUUAUUGUUGAAAAUGGCGGCGAUCGGACUGGUGCAGAUGUUGAUCGAAGCAGCCGAGUACCUUGAUCGCAGGGAACGAGAAGCUGAACACGGCUAUGCCUCCAUGCCACCCUUCAUCAGCAGUCGAGAGAGGGAGAGCUUGAAAAGGAAAAGCAAAAGCAGCAAGAAAAACACAAGUAGCAGGUCUACGCACAAUGAAAUGGAAAAGAACAGACGGGCACAUCUACGGCUGUGUUUAGAGCGCUUGAAAUCCCUCGUCCCCCUGGGACCAGAUGCUAACAGGCACACCACCCUCAGCCUGCUGAUGAAGGCCAAAGAUCAUAUCAAGAGGUUGGAGGAGAGCGAUAGGAAAGCUCAGCACACCUUGGAGCAGCUACAGCGGGAGCACAGACACCUGAGGAGGCGUCUGGAGCAGCUGGGGGUGGAGAGGACCCGCAUGGACAGUACUGGCUCCACCCAGUCGUCCGAGAAGUCCGACUCUGACCAAGAGGACUUGGAUGUGGAUGUGGAGGGGACAGACUACCUGCUGGGUGACCUGGAGUGGAGCACCAGCAGUGUGAGUGACUCAGGGGACGAGCGAGGCAGCCUGCGCAGCAGCUGUAGCGAUGAGGGCUACUCCAGCGCCAGCCUGCAACGCCUGAAGGACACUCAGGAGAUGGCCAAGCAGCUGAGCUGCAGCCUAUAGACAGCACCAGUCACAGAUCCUACACCUAUCUCCUUCCCUCAGCCAAACUCCUCCUACAUUGUCUCCCCACGUCCUGGUCCCCCUCAGACCUCACUACCAUCCCUCCCUCCCUCCCUCCCUCCCUCCCUCCCUUCCUUUCUCCCCACCAGGACUAACUGAGUCUGAGGCCUCUCCUCCAUCGAUGCACUGCAGACUUCCUGUCCCCACAUUGACUUCCAUUCAGACUGCAGCUCCUCUAAGACGGCCGCCAACAUCCAGCACAUCAUGAGCGGUUAGUCUAUAGGGUGUCACCGGCUCUGCACCAAUCAAACGAGGAUUUAAAGACACUCCAACCCCUCCAUCCGUCCUUCAGAAAUACAACUUUCAGCCAGAGAAUGUUACCACACAAUAUCCCACUGCCUCUUUUUCUAUGCCUCAAGAGCCAUGGGAAGCACUUAUGAGAUUUCACCCUUACUUCACACCCACGUAUAAACACACACAUACACACCUCCAUCGCUCCUAGUUGUCCUAGUGAGACAGAGUCCUCCCAAAGGUGUGACACUGACGUGACGCAGGGCCUUUUUUCUGCCCUGCUCACCUUCUGUGCAUGAUCUUUUGCACUUUUUUCUUUUUUUAAAACAGUUGCUGUCUCCUAAACUAGCGGCCCCCUCUACAGCUGUUGCAGUCAUGCUGCGAGAUGAAGCGAAUGUUUGAGAACAUGUCAGACGUCUGCAGAGUUUGUGUGGUGUCACACUGUCAGGGCCGACAGCAAUAUAUCCUUUAGUACCAAGGCUUUGGCGGGCAGACUUGUAACUACCCUGUCAUUUUCUGUCCACUCCUGCCAUUCAGAGGAAAAGUAACACAAAAACAAAACCAACAAAAAAAACUUGUGCAGCAUGAGAUUGUGUACGGAACGGGGAUGUGGGAGGGUUUUGCGGGUGGGUUUGAUGUGUUCUGCCUCUCUCUGAUGACGGUGGCGUUUUUACAGCAUCCUUUUUUUCAUGAUGUGUGUAUGACUGGUACAACAGGGGUCACUAGCAGGUUUGGAAAUGUUCAACACCAGCCACCAAGCCGAAUGCUGGUAUAUUUAGGCAGGUGCUGGUAUGUUUUUGUACACUACUUCUUCACUGCCCCGUUCACCAGGUAUUAAUAGCAAGAGAAGAGCCGAUCUACUGAGAGCAGUCGAGAGACUGGAGCACAUUCCAUUAUGUAGAGAGGACAGGCAGGUGAGACCGAGAGCAUUAUUUUUUGAGAGCGGAUGUUCCUGCCAAUUAUUUAUGAAAGGAGAGUUCAGUUUGAGACGAGCAGAGUCGUCCUCAAAAUAAAAAAACGACUGGCUUUAACUUUUUAGAACACGUGAGGAAGGCUUUCAUAAGAGAAGCACUCAAACGUUUAAACCAGACUCUCCUUUGCCUUGACUUCAAAGCUAUUUAUUGUUUCUGCAGAAAUGUACACCUUUUAAUGUAAAUAGUUCUGAAAGAAAGAUCUCUAUGUCUAUCAACAAAUGUAUUUAUUAGAUAUACUAAAUAUAUAAAUGAAUAUAUAUAGAUCUAUUUAAUUAGUCAUAGCUUACGUUCUUCUUGUGAGGUUUAUUGGGAGUUUCUAUGUGUAGUUUGUUUGCACAGCCUAGUCAAUCUAUAGAGUAUUUAGAUUCAGUGUCUUUUGUGCCUCGAGGCUUUUGUGUCUGUUCAGAUUUCGGCACGGUGCUCCUAGAAAAUUGAACCGUUUCUUUGUGAUUGAUCUUACAUUUGAGUUGUUUUCAAAACCAUUUGGCCCGUCAUGGGAAUAAAAAGGACAAAAAAAUCUGAAUAAUUUCAUAAAAUGUGAGUUAAAAAGUAUAAAAAACGAGAGGAGCUGGUGGUCGACGUAGAGAGGUGGUGAGGAGUUUUCAAAAUGGCCGCUCCGCCUGCUGAGGUUUGAGGUUUUUUCUGCUUUGGGUUUUGGAUCCAUCACGCCCGGGGAGAGCUUUAUUUGAAUGUAGAUUUCCCAAAGCCUGCAGCGUGGCAGCACGGUGCCAAGAGAACCUCCCUGCUCCUGCGUCCACCACCUGCGAGUCUCGGCUAAAGCAUGAAGAAGAAUCAGAAAAAUAGUGAAAGCAUUGUUUAGUCUUUGAGUGUGGAAUGCUGCUUUUUUUGUCAAAUUGAAACCUUUUCAAACAGAGAGGAUCUGUGUAGCCCCGUUAUAAGGGGGACUAAAGGGGACAUGUAUUUAAAAUGAGGUGUGAGAGGGCAGGUGUGGUCACUGAAAUGCCAUCUGUCGGUGUGUGCGUGAGUGUGAAUAUGAGUGUGUGUGUGUGUGUGUGUGUGUGUUUAUUUCGUCACUGUCUUCAGAGAGAUUUUUUGGGGAGGUAGUGGGUGGGCGCUUUAAAAAAAUUGUAAGGCUAUGUUUCUGUUUAAUUUGUUACCUAGUAAAAUGCAAAAAAGUCCACUUGACAAAGACGUCAUGUAUUAACCUAAGCAUUAAUGUCUGUCGAUGGGAGCCUCCUGUUUCCACCUUUUUCCAUCCAUGGCCUGCUGUCUGUCUUACACCAAUUCAAUACGUGUGAGUCUGCGUGCAUGAGUGUGUGUUUCCUGUAUGUAUGCAUGUGUGAGUGUGUGUGACUCCCUCCUCCACAUGCUGUGUUGGCAUCUGUGGUGGGGCGGUGUAUGUGUCAAUGAUGCAACUAUUGCUCCUCAUCUCCGUCCGUCCUUCCCCCCUCUUCUUCAAAGACCCUGGUGCUCUCAGCAUCUGCCUUAAGAAGCAGGUGUGGAAUCUCUCAAAGAACAAGACUACAGCCAGACCAGUUGUUUAAGCUACAGGUUUCAGCAUCAGGGGAAGAGUCAUCUUCGUGUGUAUAUUUGGUUUUUGCACAUUUGAUCCCUGCAUACAAAGUGGCUAAUAAUGCCUUAAAACAGACACAGAUGUACGACCCCCACAAAAGGGUACGAUAUGUAUGAGUGUAUAAGAUGUAUCGACGUGUAUCACAAAGGCCAUUCCUUUCCAUUGUGACGGUCUCAGGCGUGGUGCUUUUCAUGAGUUACACAAUAAACACACAGACACACCACGUCAUAGCUCCAUGAACAUCGAUGUCGCCUGCCGCCUUUCUCCACGGGGAGGUUCAACGUCUGUUUGUUAAACAAUAACUUAAAGGGGGGGCGUUUUGUGCACUUACUUUUUAAGAAUUGGAGAAUUUGGGCACUGUCUUCUAAAGAAAUGAAUUCAAAUGUUGGAAACAAACCCUUUGAAAAUAAAAUGGAGCAGCAAUUUAUAUUUGCCAUUGAUAUUAAAAGAAUAAAACAUUUGAAACCCUUGUUUACCUACCUA